AUGGCUACUCCCAUUCACAAGCAAAGUGCAUAUGAAUAUAAAUAUUUACAACUAUUGAUUGUAGAGAGGCAAGCAAAUGAACCACUGAGGUCACAGGAUCUGCAACAGUCACUAUCCAACAACAUAAAAUUUCAAAUGCAAAAAUUUACUGACAAUAUUAGGUCUCAAUUCCAAAUUAUUUUUGACAACCGACGAGGCAAAUUAACUAAUGACAAGAGAGAAAAUGACACUCAUGAAUUACCUUCUUCGACUACAAUUUUUCCACCAGUAGUUAGUCGUGCAAUAUUUGGAGGGAGAGACAGCAACUCUAUUAUUCAGCCAACUGAUGACGAACCACCAAAGUGUCAAGAAAACUGGACUGCACCGUGGCAGGUGGGCCUGAUGCUUCUUACCACAAAUAACGAUACUCGACGAUGCGGUGGCGUUCUGGUACACAAACGAUGGGUACUGACAGCAGCACAUUGCCUCGACAACACGACUCAGGUAAUAGCAAUGGUGGGAUGUAAAAAUUAUUAUGACGGAUUUCUAAAUGGAAAGGGUCAAUUAAUGACAGUGAAAACGUGGAUAGUUCACGAAGACUAUGAAACAAGUGAUGCUCGGCCACCAGAGCACGACAUCGCUCUUUUGGAAUUGGAAUCUGAUGUUGAACUUGGGCUGGAUGUGAGGGCUGCACGCAUCCCUAGACGCAACACUCCUCUCAUGGCGAACGAUACUGACAUGGUCAUUACAGGCUGGGGCUUUACUCGAAAUAGUGUACGUCAACCAGAUGAACUGCACUGCGCUGUAGUUCCUCUAGUCGCAAACGAAGUUUGUGCACUGGCUUACACUGGGAAAGCAGUGAACAUUGGAAAUAGUCACGUGUGUGCCGGAUAUGCGACUGGUGGUAUCGGCGGAUGCAAUGGUGACAGCGGGGGAGGGCUGGUUCAUCGUGGUUCCGAUGGGAAGAACACUGUGGUUGGACUCAUCAGCUGGUCUUUGGCUUGUGGUCAAGGUUACACUGUCUACACAAAUGUGCAGAAACACAGACCUUGGUUGAUUCGCAAAGUUCCAGAAUUAGCCAAAAAAGUAGAAGUUUAA